UUCUUGUGUGUCUAGCGAGUUCAUACAGGGAUGGCGGAGCUGGAGGGCCUGGAGUUUGGGAAGUCAGACUUUGUGCUCCUGGACGAGGUCACGAUGGAGCAGUUUAUGGAAAAUCUGAAGCUGAGGUUCGAGAAGGGCCGCAUCUACACCUACAUCGGAGAAGUGGUUGUCUCCGUGAACCCGUACAGACAGAUGGACAUUUAUGGCAAAGAUACCAUUGAUGCGUACCGAGGCCGGGAGCUGUAUGAAAACCCUCCUCACCUGUACGCAGUGUCUGACGCGGCCUAUAAGGCCAUGAAAAGACGGGCCAAAGACACCUGCAUCGUCAUAUCAGGUGAAAGUGGAGCUGGAAAAACAGAAGCCAGUAAAUACAUAAUGCAGUACAUUGCAGCAAUCACAAACCCAAGCCAGAGGGCGGAGGUCGAGAGUGUGAAGAAUGUGCUGCUGAAGUCCAACUGUGUGCUGGAGGCCUUUGGGAAUGCCAAGACAAAUCGGAACGACAACUCCAGCCGCUUCGGCAAAUACAUGGACAUCAACUUCAACUUUAAUGGCGAUCCCACUGGAGGACACAUCAACAACUACCUGCUGGAAAAGUCCAGGGUGGUGCAACAGCAAGACGGUGAGAGGAACUUCCACUCCUUCUACCAGCUGCUUCGUGGCGGCUCUGAGGAAAUGCUGCAGUCAUUUCACCUGCAGAACGAUCCUGCUGUUUAUGUGUACACCAGAGAGGGAGCUGGGACUGCUACUUCCAACAACGAUCGCUCGAGCCACAAAGCGGUGAUGAGUGCACUGGAAGUUAUUGGCUUCUCAAAACAGGAGAUAACCUCAGUUUAUGAGAUCCUCGCCACCAUUCUGCUUUUGGGCAACAUGCAGUUUGAAAGCGAUGGCGAGAGCGUUAAUAUUGUGGGAGAUGAAGCUGUGAGCCACAUCUCAGAUCUGACAGCCACAGACCCGGACAGCGUCAGUAAGAGCCUCCUGUACCGCACGGUGGCCACCGGUGGCGGCGAGGUCAUCGAAAAGGGACACACAGAGCAGGAUGCCUGUUUUGGACGGGAUGCUUUUGCCAAGGCGCUCUAUGAAAGGCUGUUUGGCUGGAUCGUCAGCCGCAUCAACAGCAUCAUUGAAGUGAAGGACUACGACCCGGUGCUGCACGGGAAAAACACCGUGAUUGGUGUGCUGGAUAUCUACGGCUUUGAGAUCUUCGACAACAACAGCUUUGAGCAGUUCUGCAUUAAUUACUGCAACGAGAAGCUGCAGCAGCUUUUCAUCGAGCUGAUCCUCAGACAGGAACAAGACGAAUACCAGAGAGAAGGCAUCACCUGGCAACACAUCGAGUACUUCAACAACCAGAUCAUCGUUGACCUGGUGGAGCAGCCCCACAAAGGCAUCAUCUCCAUUUUGGAUGAGGCUUGCCUAACUGUUGGAAAAGUCACUGACACAGUCUGCUUGGACACCAUGGACACCAAACUGGCACAGCACCCCCACUACACCUCCCGCAAGCUCUGCCCCACUGACAAAUCCAUGGACUUUAAGAAACACUUCCGUAUUCGUCACUAUGCCGGAGACGUCACAUAUUCCGUCGAGGGCUUUUUGGACAAGAACAAGGACCUGCUCUUCCAAGAUUUCAAGCGUCUUAUGUACAACAGUGCCAACACAGUCCUAAAGGAGAUGUGGCCAGAUGGUCAGCUGAGCAUCACAGAGGUCACCAAGCGGCCUUUGACUGCUGCCACCCUGUUCAAGAACUCCAUUGUGGCUUUGGUUGAUAAACUGGGCUGCAAGGAACCAUACUACGUGCGAUGUGUAAAGCCCAACGAAAUGAAGUCAUCAGUGCUGUUUGAUGACGCCCGCUGCCAGCACCAGGUGGCCUACCUCGGCCUGCUGGAGAACGUGAGGGUACGCAGGGCCGGUUUCGCCUACAGGCAGCCCUACGCUCGAUUCCUGCAGAGGUAUAAAAUGACGUGUGAGUACACCUGGCCAAACCACCUGAUGGGAUCAGAUAGGGAGGCCGUGGAGGCCAUCGUCACCCAGCACGGCUUCCAGGACGACGUGGCGUACGGCCACACGAAGCUGUUUGUGCGAACGCCGCGCUCUCUCUUCACCCUGGAGCAGGAGAGAGCCACCCUCAUCCCCAUCCUGGUGCUUUUCCUGCAGAAGGUGUGGCGUGGGGCUCUAGCUCGUACAAGGUGCCGGCGGAUGAGGGCCAUCUACGCCAUCAUGGGCUGCUAUAAGCGCUACAAGGUCAAGGCGCACUUCUGGGAGGUGGAGGGGAGGUUUUCUAAUGUGCGAACCAUGGCUGACUACGGGAAGAGCGUGGAGUGGCCGAAGCCACCUGCAGCGCUGUCCCAGUUUCACAAGAUCACAGUCAUGCUGCAUCGCAGGUGGUGGGCGAGGCAGAUUGUGAAGAACAUCCCGCCGUCUGACAUGCUGGAGGUUCGGGCCAAGGUGGCAGCUCUGUCCGCUCUGAGCGGAGAGAGGAAAGACUGGGGAGUCAGCCGAGCCUGGGAGAGGGACUACCUGGCAAAUGUUCUAGACUGCCCUCAGACCAGCUCCAGCUUCAUCCGAAUUUCCAAAGAGCUGAGGAACAAAGACAAGUACAAUCAGGUCCUCUUCUCAGGCUUCUGUAGGAAGGUGAACAGGUUCAACAGAAGCACAGAUCGGGGCCUGCUCAUCACAGACAAGUACAUCUACAAACUAGAGCCAAAGAAACAGUACAAGGUUCUAAAGAAGCUUCCUUUAGAUGCUUUUACGGGACUAAGCGUGACUUCCGGGGUCGACCAGAUGGUGGCGUUGCACACGUCCUCCCAGGAUGACGUCCUGAUGUGCCUGCAGCGAGGCGAGCUGUACCCGAACCAGGACCGAGUGGGCGAACUGGUGGGAGCGAUGGUGGACCACUUCACACGGGUGAGAAAAGUUCAGUUUCCUGUGAAGGUUUGUCGUUCAGCCCUGGAGAUUCACAUGCGAGGCAAACCCAAGAGCAUCUCAGUGGAAACUAAAGCUGGUCAAACCAUCACCGAUUUCAAGAAGAGUAAAGACGGUUUCAUCCUGCUGGUCCCUGCAAACUAAAAGUCCGUCCAGUGAAACCAUUAACAGCCACGCCUCAUCGAUAUCUGCAAAGAAAAUGUCAGCCAGACGUCAGGACACAUUGUUGGACUUUAGCAGAAAUUUAUUUUUAUGAGCUACAUCAUUCAUGAAAUAUGUAAAAAAAAAACUUUCAAAAUAAUUUUAAGUAUCAAGUAUUAAUCUGAGCAGAAUUGCUGGUAGAAUCUGCUUUUUUAAUCCUGAGCUUCAGGAAUUCAAACCUUGUACAAUUUAAUCAGGAAACAGCUGAAAUACUUAUUUUUACAUGUAUAAUAUUCUUUAUACCUUUUAUUAUAUGCUGCUUUUCUAAAAUAUAAGAUGUUUAUUACAAGAUUGAACAAAGCACUUUUUAUUGUCAAAUAUAUAAAUCACAAAAGAUACAGACAAAAAAAUCUCAGACAUAUUUUUGUGUUGCAUCACACCACUGCCUGCAGACGAAGAUAAUUGUGACCGAAGUAAUAAAAGAGGGGAAGGAAAACACAACAGUGGAGGAAAAUUAAUCACUCAAACUUUACUUAAAUGAGUUCUCUCUUUGCUAAUGUUUUGCCACAUGAACAGACUGAAGCUCUACAUUAUUCAGUAAUGAAAAACCAUCAAACAUGUUCAGUGUUGAGUGGCUGGAAGGAUUUCCUGCACAAAUAUGCUAAAUAUUAGUUUAAAUGUUAGCCUUUAUGAGGUCGCUUCUCCACCCUGCAAGAAGCGACACUCUUUAAAGCGAUCAGUCGGAGCCAUCCUCUGAGCGGCAGCCGCCGAGCCCGCCGUCGCCCCGUGACGCAGGCGCUGCUUCCUCCCUCGUCCCCUCGGUGUCCUCUGCUGAUCAGCUGGGCUGAUAAACGAUGCACUGCAGACGUAAUUUUACAGGAUUUCCGCAAAAUUGAACACUUCUUGUUUAUUUAUUGUGCUAUCCAGUUGUGUAGAUAUGUUCCUGUUAUUUUUGAACAUUGAAACUUUUGUCAGCCUCAAACUCGCCAUGAAACCUGCUUUUACACAAACCUCUCCUAUUGGAGUUUUUAA